UUUUUGAUUAUCAUUUAGUUGAUGAUUAAGAUCAUUGAUUGUUUUUUAUUUCUAAUCAUCGCCAGUUAACUAAUCAUUUGUGUGUGUUUCUCUUUAACAGUUAAUCAUUUACUGUUAACCUUUUACAUUUCUUAUUUACAAUUUAUUUCUUCUCUUCCAAAAUGAUUCUAUUCUUGUUUAAUGUUCUCAUCUUUGUCUUGGAAUUUUUUCAAUUAAUUGGUAAAGUUGGUUCGGCUCUUUUUGAGAGAUUUAAACAAUUUAUAUUCGCCCAACCUAAGAAAUUAAUUAAAGGUCAAACUGUUCUGAUUACUGGUGGUGGUGGUGCCAUUGGAAGACAAUUAGCUAUUAAGCUCGGUAAAGAAGGAGCCAAAAUAAUUGUUUGGGACAUAAAUGCUUAUAAAGGUGAAGAAACCAUUAGAGAAGUGAGGAAAAAAGGAGGUCUAGGUUUCUUCUAUCAGGUUGAUGUGAGUGAUUUUAAGGCUGUAGGUGAUGCAUUAGCCAAAAUCUAUGAAACCUUGGGAUCCAUUGACAUCUUAAUUAACAAUGCUGGUAUUUUAAAUGCAUUACCACUCACUCAAUUGGGUGAACGUGCCAUUACUGAUACAAUUAGAAUAAAUCUUUUGGCUCAAAUUUGGACCACCAAACAAAUCUUACCAAGAAUGAUCGCUUCUGGUAAAGGACAAAUUGUCGCCAUUUCGUCAAAUUCUGCCAUCUACGGAAAAACCUUCCUGACAGAUUAUUCAGCCUCCAAAGCCGGAAUUAUUGGAUUCAUGAGCUCAUUAGAGGAGGAAUUACGUUACCUUAAGAAAGAUUUCAUCAAAUUAACUACAAUCUGUCCCGCAGCAAUUGAUUCUGGUCUAUCUCAGGCCGUAGAGACCCGUUUUCCUCGACUUUUACCCAUUCUCGAUGUUAACCGAGCCACCGACAUCAUGGUUGACAAUAUUUUACGAGAAGAUGCUUUUGUCAUCAUGCCUACUGGUUACAAAAUACUCUAUUAUAUUCUCAGGAAUUUACCUCGAGAAAUUGAAGUUUUAGUCCGUGAUUUCAUUGGCAAUACUGUUGAAGCUAAACACGUCGAUUGAUUUCCAGCAAAUUACUUAUGAUCAAAGCGAAUCAACCAACACAAUUAAUUGGUGAUUUGAUUAAAGUCUUUCACAUACUCUCUUGAUUGUACAGAUUGUUUUUUUCCAAUUUUAAUUCCAUUUAAGAUGAUCAGCUUUUUAUUUCUUUUUAUAAAAUAAAAAAUUACAAGUUUCAAGUUAUAAA